AUGGCUGCAAACCCAAUCACCAAGAAUGGACUAUUUGUUCACAAUAAUACUACCGCUCCUGAGCACCCAAGUCUCAUGAGCAUGUUCUCUUUGAAGGGGAAAACUGCCAUUGUUACCGGUGCUGGUGCUGGUAUCGGUCUCGCUGUUGCCCAUGGUCUUGCGGAAGCCGGUGCCAAUGUAGCCAUGUGGUACAAGAGCAAUACCAAAUGUCCUGAGCAGGCUGCUGAGGUCGCCCAGAAGUACGGUGUACAGACCAAGGCUUACCAGGUCGAGAUCACCGACGCAAAAGCUGUCGAGGAGGCCGUUAAUCAAGUCGUCAAGGAUUUCAAUGGCCGGCUUGAUGUCUUCAUUGCCAAUGCUGGUGUUCCUUGGACCCAGGGCCCCAUGGUUGAUGGUCCCCUCGAGCAUUACCGUGAUGUUGUCGCUAUUGACCUAGACGGUACCUUUUACUGUGCCAAAGCUGCCGCAGACCACUGGCGCCGCCAAAAGGAGGAGGGCACUGACGCCAACGGAAAUAAGCUAACCAAUUUUACAUACGGCAGCUUCGUCGCUACUGCCUCUAUGAGUGGCCACAUCGUCAAUUUUCCCCAGAUGCAAGCUGCCUACAACGCCGCCAAGACUGCUGUGAUUCAUCUUUGCAAGUCCCUUUCUGUUGAGUGGGUUCGCUUCGCUCGUGCCAACACUGUCUCCCCUGGCUACAUCGCCACCGAGAUUUCCAGCUUUGUUGCGGAGGAUACCAAGAACAUUUGGCGUGACAAAAUUCCCAUGGGCCGUGAAGGUCAGGCCCAUGAGUUGAAGGGCGCCUACCUUUACUUGGCCUCUGACGCUUCCACCUACACCACUGGAGCUGAUCUCAUUGUUGACGGUGGCUACUGUGCCCCAUAA